AUGGGAACAAAUAAGGAUCGUAUCGAGAAGUUAGAAUCAGAAAUGCAAGAGCUGAAGGAAGGCGUGCAGAAGAUGAAUAAGGAUUCACAAUCCAGCUUUGCGGAGCUUAAGGAACUCUUCUUCAAGGGUUUUGAGAAGGGCGACUCAUCAACAGACAAGGAGAAAGGAUCGUUUCAGAGCUACGGAAAUCAUAAUUCCGGGCAAUCAAGUGGUUCUAAGGGAUCGAACAAUUACACUAAGUUGGAAUUCCCGCGAUAUUCAGGAGAUGACCCCAACGUAUGGCUGAAUCGGGUUGUUCAAUACUUCGACUACAAGCAAAUACCGGUGGAACAAAAGGUGUCACUAGCAGCCUUUCAUCUUGAAAGUGAAGCCAACCAAUGGUGGCAAUGGGUGCAGAAGCUGUACAAGGAAGAACAGGCCCCCAUCACAUGGGCAGCCUUUGAACACGAGUUGUUGAUUUGGUUUGGUCCUACUGAAAUGGAGGACUACGAUGAAGCUCUCACCAAGAUACAACAAACCGAAACAUUACGUGAGUUCCAGCAGGAGUUCGAGCGUCUGGUCAAUCGGGUGGAUGGCUGGCGCCAAAAAGCACUAGUAGGAGCAUUCCUUGGAGGGCUGAAAUCAGACAUUGUCUCAGUAGUGCGUAUGUUCAAACCCAAGACCCUUCGUGACGCUAUUGAGUUGGCACGCAUGAGGGACGAAAACCUCUCCAAAACUCGGAAGAAUCCACGGGGUGAUAAUCCACGACCGCCAUACACUAGCUUCAUACAAAGAUCUACUGGGCAGGCAGUAACAACCACGGGACAGACAUCCGUGACAUCUGCUGUACCGACCUCUAGAACUUACUCUUCUGGGGAUGCCAAGAAGUUGUCUUGGGAGGAGAUGCAGAAACGCAGAGAGAAAGGAUUGUGUUUCGGGUGUAAUGAGAAAUUCACACCCGGACAUCGAUGCCAAAAACCACAAACCUUCUUAAUUGAAGCAUACACCACUAAAGAAGAUGAUGAGCUUGUAGACUUCACAAGGGCAUCCGAAGGGGGCAAUUGUACUGAGGAAGAAGAGCCGUUCAUCUCACUCCAUGCCAUUUCCGGCUGCAAUGGGCCAAAAACUAUGAGGGUCAAGGCUGCCAUCGGAAGGAGAACCUUGGUGAUCCUUAUCGACAGUGGAUCGACCCACAAUUUUGUGGACCACAAGAUAGCCCAUACACUUCAGCUUGCAGUAGCACCAACGGAAGAAUUCACUGUCAAGGUGGCAAACGGGGAAAAGCUUCGGUGCACUGAAAGGUAUGCGAAUGUCAUUAUUUCCAUACAAGGUUUCCAGUUCUGUACAACAUUGUACUCCUUACCAUUACAUGGAAUAGACAUAGUACUGGGAAUCCAGUGGUUGGAAAAUCUGGGACCCGUGCUAUGCAACUGGAAAAAAAUGACCAUGAGUUUCCAAUGGGAAAAUCAGCCCAUCAAGAUAGUAGCCCAGACAAUGCAGCCUACACGGGAGAUAAUGAUUCAAGCUAUGGACCGAGAAGUGCAAGGUGGAGGGGAGUUGUUUGCUAUGGUACCCUUGGUAAAAACAAAGAUAGAUGCAGCCCCAUUAGCACACGAAAUUCAGAGUCUACUCAGGGAAUUCCAGCACCUACUCGACGAACCAGAGAGCAUUCCUCCCUCACGUAUCUUUGAUCAUAGAAUUCCCUUGAAAGAAGGACAUUCAGUAGUCAACGUUCGACCUUACCGUUUGUCAAAAACAUGA